CCAGGGGAGACUAAACAGUCGGUUCCAGGCGGCUUGGAAAUCAUCAUGUUUCUAUGAGUGUUGGUGUGCCUGGCACGGUCUCGCAGUCUCGUUCCUUCGGAGCCUGCUAGCAGGGUCUGGCAAACGCACAGGCACACACAUGAAUGUGCUCACAUGUGAGCACCUACACAUGCAGCUGUACAUGAGCACACAGUCCAUUCACCCCCUCUAUAUGUGGAUAUACAUGUAUGAAGUAGCACACACAUGUAUGCUCAUCAAAAGCUGGAGUGCCUGGGUUUCAAGUGGCAUGUUUCUUCUCUGACAUGAUUGCCUCUGUUCCUCUUCCCCCCAAGUCCCUCCUCACUCCCCCACAUCCCUGCCCUGAGCAGAUGCCUACUGUGAAGUGUUCCAGGGGGUUCCAGUUGAAGGACUGGGGAAUGCUGGAGUUCUGUGCACGGAGGUGUCGAGAGGUCUGUGUGCAUCUGAUUAUUGUGAGCUGUCUUCCCCUAUUGGCUCUGAAGAGCCUAUGCUGAGCUGGGUCUGCAUGACAGGGGGAGGCUCCGUGUCAAUAAAAAGAGGGGGAAACAGGCAUCAGAACUCCAGUUCUGAGGAGGACUGCGCUGUCCGUUCGCAGCCCCUGUUGCUGCUUCAGUGAGGAAGGCUGCUCAGGAAGGACAGGUCCUUCCCCCUGAUCCCAGGGACAAGACCAUACUGAGCCUGGCAAGAAACCUGCUGGAUUGGACUGGCCUGUGGCAUCAGAGAGCACACCUUCUGUGGGAAGGUGAGAAGCUUUUCAGGGACUAAGAGACACAUGCACAGGUGUUUCCAGAACAAAAUGGAAUGGCAGGUCUUGAUUCUGAUUCUUUGCCUCAGCACAUUUCCCUCAGUCUCUGCUGAUUGCCCAGCCCAGUGCUCCAUGUGUGCGGUGCAAACUCAAAACCUGGACAAACCCAUCAACCCACUGACGUGUUUCCUGGAAUGCCAGACCAUCCUGACGUCUAACACGGAAUGGGAGAAAUGUGAGAGCUUUCUGUCGCUGUUCACUCCUUUUAUGCUGGGCCUUCGUGGGAAAGGAGAGCUUGGAGGCAUGUCAGAGGCCUCGGAAGAGCUCUAUGGUGAGCAGGCUAAGCCCUACCCAGGGCUCACCAAGACCAUGGAGAAGUUUGCCAAUGUCCUCAUGCAGGAGAAUGCCCACGGAAGAGGCCCGAGCCACAGAUACGGAGGACUCCUCCCCAAGCUCGGUGAACGGGCUGUAUCCGAGAUGAUGGAAGACGCGCAGCAGUACCACAGAGCCUUGGAGACCGGAGAGCUGGGCUACCCUAGCGAGGACGCGGCAGCCUCUUGGGCAGGAACCCCAAAGGAUGAGAUGAAACGCUACGGGGGCUUCUUGCGCAAGUAUCCCAAGAGGAGCUUCGAGGUGGCCGGGGCCGGCGACGGCGACGGCCAGGAGCAGGAAGACUUGCACAAGCGCUACGGAGGCUUCAUGCGAAGAAUCCGCCCCAAGCUCAAGUGGGACAAUCAGAAGAGGUACGGAGGCUUCCUUCGGCGGCAGUUCAAGGUGGUGACACGAUCCGAGGAAGACCCCAAUGCCUACUCAGGGGAGCUCUCUGGCCUAUAGAGCCUCUCCUCAGCCCUCAGCCGAAAAAAGCUUAGAGCUGAUCUAUUUCUUGUCUGGACUAAUUACAUCAUACCUAUACUCUGUGCUUGGCUGUGUAUUUUAUACUGAAGAAGAUCCAAAGCCACUUCAGUGGUCCCCAGUUGGUCCAGGUCCAGGCAGUGUCUGUGUCUGAGUUCAGCAACAGGGAGAGAGGCAUGUUGAUUUCAAUCUCAUCUCUCAUUCAUUUCUGAAUCUCACUGCAGUGGAAGGGAGAUUUUUUAUCCUCGUGGUAUCAGAACAGACGGACAGAUACACACAUGCAAAAUAAAAAACACCCAGAGAUCCCCCAAAUCAGUGGAUUUUUAUCUUUUUUCCCCCUCAGGAAUACCUUACCUGUAAGGACCAAUGUAUCUUCCUCCCAUACAAAGCCCAUUAGCAGACACCUAUGAAUGUUAGUUAGUCUGUCUCUGGACUCCACCUCCUAACUGAUUGGGCCAAAGAGUGUGUACUCCAUUUCAUGAGCCCCUGAGAAAGAGUUUUCAGGACCCAGCCUUUGUUGCCUCCAAAUCCUUCUGGGAAGUGUAGUCCAAUAGAAGAGUACUUGCCUACCCAGAUACUCUAUAUUUCCUGAAUUCCAGGUAACUAAAAUGAUUGAGUCCUCUAACAGAUGUACUCUAAAUACCCUCUAAAGAAUGUGAGGGCCUGUGCAGUCCUCCACCAUUUAUCCAUCUCCUCAACAAACAUUUAUUUGAGGCCUAACGUGUGCAGAGCCUGUUACGGGUGCUGGAACAAAGGCAAAUUUAAAUAAAUUAAUGUCCCUAUACUCAAGGAGGCCUCACAUUCAUCAACAUAUGAAUUCCUGCUCUAUUUUUUGUUAAUGCUCAUCCCAAGACCUUUCCCUUAAUUUAUUCUCUAAUAGGAAAAGAGUCUUGACAUUCUUUGAACCUUGGAUAGUUGGUUCUGUUUGGAAACACAUCUUUGAAUAAUGAUCUCCUUCUUUCCCCCUUCGCCAACCAAUUAAUAAGAGAAAAGGACCUUGGAGAAACUACAGUUUUUAUUACCAAUAAUAAUGUUGAUUGAGGGGUUACUGAAUGAAUCAGGAACAUGUGAAAUAUGCUUCCUUAAAUAUUUAUGUAGAGUUGAAUAUGAAUAGGGAAUUUAUGCUUGGAUCAAGAUCCAUUCUGAGUUCCAAAACUUUAAGGGAAAGAUUCAACAAACUUAAAAUGCAAACCUGUUCCCUUGGCCCUCGUUAGCCUAAUUAAAAUGAUCAGCAUCCUUCUCCUACCCUAGAUGAACUGUGGUGGAUUCAGACUGAUGAGGUGAGGAAUGAUCAGCCACUUGAGUCACCGUAUCAGCUGCUGAGAGCCCACACCAUAUGGUCCACCAUAUGGGAUUGGCUUGGACUGAGGCCGUCUAGAAGCAACAGAUAGAGAAUGAAAGGAUGCCUUAAUGACCACCCUUUCCAACCAGCAUCUCAAAAACAAACAAAUCUGGUGAUGAAACAAUUCAAAAGUCAAAUCAGCUCCCUAGGUACUUCAGAAUGAUGGUAGUUGACCUUACAAAGCUGUAGCAUUGGGAACCAUAGGAGGCAGACUGAAUCCUAGAAUCUCAAGGAAGGAAGGGACCAUGGAAGCCAUCUAAUCCACUUUCUUACCUGAAGCAUAAACUCUCUCUUAGCAUCUUCUAUGAGUGGUCAUCCAGCUUCCUCCUGAACACCUCUGCUGAUAGGAAACUCACUAUCUUCCAAAGUAAUCCAUUUCACCACUGGACAAUUCUGAAUGCUAGAAAAUUCUUCCUGCUUUUAAACCCAACUUUGCCCUCUGAUAACUUUCUCCCUCUUGGGCCCUAAAAUUUCCUCUUGGGGCCAAGUAGAACAAAUCAAAUGCCUCUUCUUAAUGAUAGUCCUGCUCUCUGAGGGCCAAUGAUAUGGGAUUUUGAUGUAUUCUAUAAAUUGCAGCCUAGCACGAGUAUUUAUCCACAGCCAUUAAGUCUAUUGUGAUGUUUCUAAUGUACAGAUUGUUUUGCUUCCUUUUUAAAAAAAAUUCAGUUUACAUGACUAAACUGGAGUUUGAUCUGUCUGAAAUGGACAGUGUCAUGCCUCCCCUCUCUGUUCUUCUGUAUUAUAAAUAAAAUGAAGAUGCUAAUG